GGCCCAUCUCGCUGCCGAGCGCCCCGACGGCCCAACCACGCAGCUUGUCUUCUCCUCGAGCGAGCGCCGCCACCGCUGCCGAGCGCCCCAGCCCCCUCGUUCCGUCGCUCGUCUUCCUCGUGCGAGCGCCUCCACCGCAGAUAUCUAUCUCCCCUGCAAUUCUCUCGUUCCCGACCGUUUCUCCUCCCAUCACCCCACGAGCAGAUUCCGACCGUUGCAUCUCCUUAAUCUUCCCCAAUUCGUAACUGAGGCAAAAAUCAAGGUAGCCCUACCGGGUCCUCCGCCCUUGCUCGGCCGUCAGGAUGAGGGUGAAGGUGAUAUCGCGCUCGACAGACGAGUUCACGCGCGACCGUAGCCAGGACCUGCAGAAAGUAUUCCGCAAUUAUGAUCCAGCACUUCGUAGUCAAGAGAAAGCUGUCGAGUACACUCGGGCCCUGAAUGCUGCGAAGUUAGAGAAGAUAUUCGCCAAGCCAUUUAUUGGAGCAAUGGAUGGGCACAUUGAUGCUGUCUCGUGCAUGGCGAAAAAUCCCAAUAAUUUGAAAGCUGUAUUUUCUGGGUCCAUGGAUGGGGAUAUUCGACUAUGGGACAUUGCUGCAAGGAAGACAGUCUGCCAGUUCCCUGGACACCAGGGUGCUGUGAGAGGUUUGGCAACAUCUACCGAUGGUGAUCUUCUGAUAUCCUGUGGCGUUGAUUGCACUGUUCGACUGUGGAAAGAUCCUAUGCGUAGGAUGAUGGACACUAGUGAUGCUAUUGGAGAUGCUUCCCAGCCGUCAGCAGUCUACACCUGGAAGCAUGCAUUUUGGGGUGUUGACCACCAGUGGGAUGGCAAUAUUUUUGCAACUGUAGGUGCUCAGGUUGAUAUAUGGGAUCAUAAUAGGUCGGAGCCAAUAAAUAGCUUUGAAUGGGGUAAAGAUACACUUCUUUCUGUGCGGUUUAAUCCUGGAGAACCUGAUGUUUUAAUUACAUCAGCUAGUGAUCGGAGUUUAACACUUUAUGACCUACGCAUGUCAUCCCCAGCUAGAAAGCUAAUCAUGAAGACAAGGUGCAAUUCAGUAUGCUGGAACCCUAGGGAGCCCAUGAACUUCACUGCUGCAAAUGAAGAUACAAACUGUUACUCGUUCGAUUCGAGAAAGCUUGAGGAAGCCAAGAUUGUUCACAGGGGUCAUGUUUCAGCUGUGAUGGAUAUUGAUUACUCACCAACCGGUCGUGAAUUUGUUACGGGUUCAUAUGAUAGAACGGUGCGGAUCUUCCAAUAUAAUGGUGACCAUAGCAGGGAGAUAUAUCAUACUAAGAGGAUGCAGAGGGUGUUCUGUGUGAAGUACACCUAUGAUGGAACCUAUCUAGUUUCUGGCAGUGAUGACACAAAUCUUAGGCUGUGGAAAUCUAAAGCUUCAGAACAACUUGGAGUUAUUCUUCCAAGGGAACGCAAAAAACAAGAAUACCUAGAUGCUGUCAAGGAGCGGUAUAAGCACCUUCCGGAAAUCAAGCGGAUUGUCAGGCAUAGGCACUUGCCUAAGCCGAUCUAUAAGGCAGCCAACAUAAGGCGUACGAUGAUCGAAGCAGAAAGCCGCAAAGAAGAAAGAAGGCGAGCGCAUAGCGCACCUGGAAGCAGGCCUGUGCAGCCGUUCAGGAAGAGAAGACUCAUCAAAGAAGUUGAGUAGGGUGGAUCUGACUAUCGCGAGGCCAAACAAGGAUAUAUUCCGGCACAUUGUUUUGGUCAAUUGCCAACCUCCACCCGAUCAUGGAGGCUGAUAUCUGACUUGAGAUGUCCAUGUUGCGCAAGGCAGGGUGAAAUCGGAGAUGUUUAUGACGGUUGUAAGUGCUGGAGUUUUGCUUGCCCCUUUUAUUUUUGUGUUGCAUUAUUUUGAUAUGUACAAACCUUACUGUCAUGUACCAGAUUAUUUUUGGAAAGGAAAAACUUGCUAGUCUA